AUGGAGACCCCUGCUGUUGUCCCUGGAAAACAAGAUAACCAGAGCGUCUCUGUUGGACCCAGCAGCCGUCUGGAUGAACCAAGCUGCAGGAAAAGAAAGGCGGAAGCUGUCACAGAGGUGGACAACAAAAAGUUAUGCAAACAGAGCUGCAACAACUUCAGCCGCCUCACCACUGGACAAGAUCCCUCUGUGUCCGUAGAGUUUGUGAGAGAGUACCAAAAGGGAAAGAGCAAUUCUACUGGACGGGCACCAGCCAGUAUAAUAGUGAUAAGCAGCACCAGUAUCAGCCUCAGGGAGCCAGAGGAAGAGCUGGAACCCAUUAGGGACAGGAAGAGAAAGGCAGAUGUCCCUGAAGAGUCCUCUAAGAAGAGGCAGAGAGUCUCUGAGGCAGAGCAAGGCACCAGCAGCUCAGUUUCUGACAAAUCUGAGUUUGAAAGAAAAUACAAACGUCUUGGACUGAUUGGCAGAGGAGGCUUCGGAUCCGUCUACGCUGGCCUUCGCCUGGAGGAUUCAUUACCGGUGGCCAUCAAGUACGUCGACAUGAGGAGAGCUCAAAUCAGACUGAGUGAAGUGGACGGUGUUCCCCUGGAGGUGGCCCUCAUGCAGAAGGCCGGAGGUGGGCCAGAUUCAGCGGGGGAGUUUGCUGCCGUCACCCUCCUGGAGUGGUUCUAUGUGGAUCAGGACCUGGUCAUUGUGAUGGAAAGGCCACCAGCAUCCAUGGAUCUUGUGGAUUACUUGUCCUACAGAGGAGGUCGCCUGGAGGAAGACGUGGCCAGGAUUCUUAUGAAACAGAUGGUGGACGCUGCCAUAGACCUCCACAACAAGGAGAUUUUCCACCGAGACCUGAAGUGUGAAAACACACUGGUGGAAAUGGGAUCCCAGGAGCCUCGAAUCAGGAUUAUUGACUUCGGCUGUGGAACCUUCCAGACCACCAAAGUCUACAGAAGUUUUAGUGGUACUCCUGCAUUCGCCCCCCCGGAGUGGUUCAGCAGUAGGAAAUACAGACCUUCUCCGACCACGGUUUGGCAGCUGGGAAUCAUCCUGUAUCGAAUGCUGCACAGGUGUCACUUUGACACCAGACGUUUUACACGGGGCCUCAUUAAGUUCAACAAAGACCUUUCGAAAGAGUGCCUGACUUUUCUGGCCCUGUGUUUGGAGGAGGACAGUAGGAUACGAGCCACCCUGGAGGAUCUCCGUGCCCAUCCCUGGCUCCUGUCACUGAGGCCCGUCUCUCAGGGAUCCACUGGGCCUUUGUACAAAUAAUGAAACAUAUUCAUAUUAUUUCAAUAUAUAUAUUUAAAUUGCUCUCUGACUGUUGUGUGCAUCUUUGUAGCUCAGUCUAGCACCCUGACUACCACAUCCUUCAUUAUUUUCUGGAACUAUAAGUCGACUUUAUUGUGUUUGAGGAAAUCCCACUUUCUUCUUUUAUAAAGCUGGUUGCAUUUUGUGCUUCUUUUAACACCAAGAAGAUUUUGUUUACAAGUUAUUAAGAUAAAG